AUGAAAGGACCCUACCCAGAGAUUCAAGGCGGCGGCUCCCUGAUAUUGGCAUGGCAGAUUCGGAAUAAACGCGUCCUGGUCGUCGGCGGCGGCGAGGUCGCCGCUGGUCGCAUCGUGAACGUGCUCAAUGCCGACGCCAAAAUCACCGUCGUGUCUCCGCGCGAUGGCCUCAACGAAGAAGUCGCCUACCGGAUAGAGCAGGGCCAGGUCGACUAUGUCGACCGUAAGUUCGAACCGCAAGAUCUCGAUGGCGUCGACAUGGUCUUGACUGCCGUCGACGACCCGGAAGCCUCGUCGCAGAUAUACAAGCUAUGCAAGGAAAGGCGGAUAGCGGCCAACAUUGCCGAUGUCCCACCCGAGUGCGACUUCUACUUUGGCAGCGUGCAUCGCGAUGGGCCAUUGCAGAUCAUGGUCAGCACAAACGGCAAUGGCCCCAAGCUAGCCAACAUCGUAAGGAGGCAGAUAGCAGCUGGGCUCCCAUACAACAUCGGCAACGCCGUCCAAAGAGUCGGAAUGCUCCGAAGGAAGCUGCGAAAGGUCGCUCCCAACAUCGAGGAGGGACCUAAGCGCAUGCAGUGGAUGUCAAAGGUUUGCGAACAGUACUCCCUUGACGACCUCUGCUCCAUGACCGAGGAGGACAUGGAGAUGCUCCUGGGCUUCUACAAGCCCAAUACCGUUCCUACGCUCGAAGAAGUACGGCUGCAGGAAGAAGAUGGAGCUUACGACGGGCCUUUUUUGAUCUGA